AUGGAUUUUGUGUCUGGUUUUCCUAGAACCCACAAGGGUACUGAUAAUGUGUGGGUAGUGGUUGACAGAUUAACCAAGUCCGCACAUUUCUUGGCUGUGAAGACUGGCAUGUCUUUGGAGAAACUAGCAGAGAUGUACAUUGACCAAAUUGUGAGACUGCAUGGUGUUCCCGUGUCAAUCGUGUCAGAUCGGGACACCAGCAUUUCACCCACAAACUGUGGGCAGUCUGAGAGGACGAUUCAGAUUUUGGAGGAUAUGCUUCGAGCUUGUAUGCUGGAUUUUGGGAGUUCAUGGGAUCGACACUUGUCUUUGAUUGAGUUUGCUUAUAACAAUAGCUAUCAGGCAAGUAUUCAGAUGGCUCCCUAUGAGGCACUUUAUGGCAGAAGAUGUAGAUCACCUAUUUGCUGGGAUGACGUGGGAGAGAGAAGAUUGUUAGGGCCAGAGAUUGUGCAAAUGAAAGUGGAGAAAGUCCGAUUAAUCAGAGAUCAUUUGCGAGCGGCUCAGAGUAGACAGAAGAGUUAUGCUGAUAACAGGAGAAGAAGUUUAGAAUUUGAAGUGGGAGAUCAUGUAUUCUUGAGGGUCGCUCCAACCAAAGGAGUAAUUCGUUUCAGCGUUAGAGGGAAGCUCAGUCCUCGAUUUAUUGGCCCAUUUGAAAUUUUAGAGCGCAUUGGUGAAGUGGCAUACCGGCUUGCGCUACCGCCAGCUCUUUCCCAUGUGCAUAAUGUGUUCCACGUUUCUAUGUUGAAAAAGUUCAUCGCAAAUCCUGAUCAUGUAAUACAGUUUUCAGACUUUGAACUCAACAAUGAUAUGACAUAUGAGGAGCGUCCUGUGAAGAUCGUGGACUUCAAAGAGCAAGCUUUAAGAAGACGGAUCAUUCCUUAUGUAAAGCGUCCUUCCAACCAGAAUGUGCCACGUCAUCAUCUUUCAUCCCCAUCCAUAGCCUUCACCACUAACCUCCGAUCCACCAUCGAACAAGUCCAAAAGCUCAUCAGGUUACUCUCGCCCUUCUCCUCCACACUUGGCGGUGGCGACCUCCGUCUCACCUCCGCCGUCGCCGACUGCCUCGACCUCCUCGAUCUAUCCUCCGACCAGCUCUCACUCUCCCUCUCCCCCUCAGGGGGCACCGGAAACCGCAUCUACGACGUCCGAUCCUGGCUCUCGGCGGCACUGGGUAACCAGGACACGUGUCAUGAGAGCCUUUCCGGCACGAAAGGCAUCGUCAUCGCCCUGGUUUCCACUGGCCUCAACACUGUCUCCUCGCAGAUAGCCUCCAGUCUCCGCGAGGUCUCCUCCAUGUCCGGAUCUAAAAAUACCGGCCACCGGCGGUUGCUCCAGUCGGAAACUUCGUCCGGUUUCCCGGAGUGGGUGAGGGCCGGUGAUCGAAGACUCUUGCAAACGGCGACACCGAAGGCGGAUGCGAUCGUCGCACAAGACGGUAGUGGGAACUUCAAGACGGUGAUGGAGGCGGUGGAGGCGGCGCCGACGGAGAGCGAGAAGAGGUACGUCAUAUACGUGAAGAAGGGGUUGUACCAGGAGAACGUGGAGAUAAAGAAGAAGAAGUGGAACCUGAUGAUGUUCGGUGACGGAAUGGGCCAGACGGUUAUCUCCGGCAACCGGAACUUCGUUGAUGGUUGGACCACCUUCCGCACAGCUACCUUCGCGGUGUCUGGUAAGGGGUUUAUCGGCAGGGACAUCACCUUUGAAAACACAGCAGGGGCACAGAAGCACCAAGCAGUGGCAUUCCGAUCGGAUUCUGACCUGUCGGUUUGCUACCGUUGUUCAAUGGAGGGUUACCAAGACACACUCUAUGCUCACUCUCUCCGUCAAUUCUACCGUGAAUGCCAUGUCUCAGGCACAGUGGAUUUCAUAUUCGGCAACGCCGCCGCAGUGUUUCAAAAGUGCCAGAUCGAAGCCCGCAGUGGUCUCCCGAAUCAGAAGAACUCAGUGACAGCACAAGGCCGGAAGGACCCCAAUCAGAAUACCGGAUUCACGUUGCAGUUUUGUAAUGUUUCCGCCGGUGCUAAUCUCACCAUCCAAACCCCCACGUAUCUCGGCAGGCCUUGGAAACAGUACUCAAGGACUGUGAUCAUGCAGACAUACCUGGGGAGCAUAAUAAGGCCGGAAGGGUGGCUGCCAUGGCAGGGAGAUUUUGCAUUGGAUACAUUAUACUAUGCUGAGUACAUGAACUCUGGGCCUGGAGCUGGGUUGGCCAAUCGAGUCAAAUGGACAGGCUACCAUGCUCUCAGUGAUCCCAACCAAGUUGUCAACUUCACUGUUGGACAGUUUAUAGAAGGUAAUAUGUGGUUGCCGUCCACCGGGGUCACUUUUACUGCCGGAUUGAUGGAAUAACUGGCCCGGCCGGGAAAUUAAUUACCAGAAAAACUUAAGUAAGGUGGAUGACGUAUUUUUAUAUACAUGAGAAAUUAAUUAAGGUCAUGAGGGGAGGUGUAUGCAUUAAUUAACUUCUCUGUUUGUGUGAGACUGUAAUUUGUAGUUGUUUAUUAAGUGGGAAAAAAUUUUCAUUUGUUAAAGUUUGUUUUAAUUUUUAUUAUUUUUUUGUAAUGUAUUGUAUUCUAUUGUAAAGGUUGAGGCAUAAAUAAUGAUGUAUUGUAUGUGUUUUUAUA